AUGACCUUUGAUAAAAUCCUACACAAGAGCUCGUCAACUUCUCAAGGCGGCCUCCGUGCCAUGAUUAACAAAGACAACGAGGCUCACAAGGCAGCUGUUGCUGAAUACUUCCAGCACUGGGAUGACAAAAAAGCCGAAGACGAGACCGAAGCCGUUCGACAAUCUCGAGUUGAUGACUAUGCAAGCCUAACUAGACAGUAUUACAACUUGGCGACCGAUCUCUACGAAUAUGGUUGGGGCGAGGCAUUCCACUUUUGCAGGUUUGCGUACGGAGAGAGAUUCGGUCAGGCCGUGGCUCGGCACGAACACUUUCUAGCAAGCAGCAUUGGCAUCAAGCCUGGCAUGAAGGUGUUGGAUGUCGGCUGUGGCGUUGGAGGUCCAGCCCGAGAAAUCGCAAAGUUUACUGGCGCCCACGUUACUGGUUUGAAUAUCAACUCUUACCAAAUCAGCCGAGCAAAGCAAUACGCAGUCAAGGAAAAGCUUACUCACAAGCUUGAUUUCGUCCAGGGAGACUUCAUGAACCUACCUUUCCCCGAUAAUUCGUUCGAUGCCGUCUACGUAAUCGAAGCCACAGUCCACGCACCGAACCUCGAAAGCGCAUACAGAGAAAUCUUCCGCGUUCUCAAACCAGGCGGUGUGUUUGGCGUCUACGAAUGGUUCAUGACAGAUGCCUACAACAACGACGAUCUGACCCAUCGUCAAAUCCGUCUCGAUAUCGAGGAGGGCGAUGGUAUCGCUCAAAUGCUCAAAGUCGAAGACGGUCUUGCCGCCAUCCAAGGCGCAGGCUUCACUCUCGAAACCCACUACGACCUCGCAGAGGACUACGCAAACGAGACCAGCGUUGCUCCUUGGUACUGGCCGCUGGGUACUGAUCUUCGCCACGCGCAGACGCUGGCGGAUGUCUUUACGGUUUUGAGGAUGAAUCGCUUUGGAAGAGAGGUGUCGCAUGCUUUCAUUUGGAUCUUGGAGUUGCUGGGAAUUGCUCCGUCUGGUACGAGGAAGACUGCCCAGAGUCUCGGAAAGGCAGCGGAUGCACUUGUCGAAGGAGGGAAGAAGAAGCUGUUUACGCCAAUGUAUCUGAUGGUGGGCCGCAAGCCGGAGUAUUAUUGA